AUGAGGCAGGAUACGAAAAUCUUUGCGUUCCUAGCAGUUUUCUGUUUAGGACUUGUAGCAAGACAGACACGAACUGCAACUCGCGAUCAAACUAAUUCUCGUAUCUCAGCAGUUCAGAGUUGCAAAGAGAUCGAACGAAACGUAAUCGAACCAGAAAAAAACUUGACAUGGGUGCAUCCGCCGAAGACUGGGACUUCCGCUGCAAAUCUUCUUUACCGCUAUGCUUGCGAUGUUCCAUCUAGUGACCAAGUUAGAGCUCGCCUACCGCACGUUUAUUUGAGAGAAAAAUAUCCACCAGAGAAAAUGUGUUCAAAGCUACACAACAAAACGCAGCAUCGCUUUGGUUUACAUGAUGCAAUCGGAUCUAGCAAGUAUGGGAUAUCCUAUGAGGAGCUCCAAGGUGGGUUAGUCAUUAGUCUGAGGUCAAAUGAGGCACGUCUUUGGAGUUCCUUCAUGCACUCCGUGAGAAAUAAGAGAUGGGGCUCAUCUUAUGGUUGUUACACAAACAUUGACAGUAUCCAGGAUUUCCAACCUGGACGUUUACCCCAACUAUUCAAAAGCUAUGUUCAGCUCAAUUCUGUGAAAGAUUGCCAGACCAAAAUGCUCGUGGGGCGUCAUUGUUGUGAUGAGAGUCGUGUGACGGAAGAUGAAUUCCAAGUUGCACUUGGUCGACUUAAGAACGCUACAUACUUGAUAAUAACUGACCACUGGGAGCUAUCCGCUUGUAUCUUUCUGCAACGUUUUGGAGGUGAGAACUUAUCUAUUUACUCAUUUAAUACGCGAAGAGGUUCACCUCAAAAGAGUAUUGAUAAAGUUAGAAAUAAAGCGCACAAGAUUUCGCAGAGUAUGAUGAGAAACCAUUUUGACGAAAAGCUAUUCAAAUUCGGACUGAAUAUUUUCAACAACUACGAAGAAAAGAAGUGCUGUAUAGAUUUGUGA